AUGGACGGGGGAAGUACCUCCGACGCCAUGCGCAAAGCCUUUGACGACCUGAAGGAGGUCUGCGUGUCGAUGCUGCAGCAUCAGACUGAGCAAAGAGCUCAGCUCCAGACCCUGCAGCGGGAGUCCGAAUUGCAAGAGGAGAAGAUUUCCAAGCUCCAAAAGGAGCUGGCAGAACUGAAACAGCUUGUGGCCCGCAAGAACACCGCAGCUACACAGGCACAGCCCGACGUGGAGGCCAAAGUGUACAGCAACGGCGGGAUUAUCUUUAGCCGCGAGCAUUUGAUGGCUUGCUUGGAUGCACCUUCCGGAAGCUUUUGCAGCUUUGACAUCAGGAUGCUCCCGUGCUUGGAUGAGCCUGCCCGCGAUCUAGGCCGGCCCGAGCCGAGCAAGCAGAAGCAGAGCUCAAAGAGCUCGAAGACCGACAACUCAGCCGGGUCGCAGCAGGCCUGGCGCAAGUGGCACGGACAGUGGUGGUACUGGGCAGGGGGCUGGAACAAGUGGGUCCCCAAGUAG